AUGGGACUUUUCAGUAGGAAGAACCACUUUCAGGUCGAUGGCAGGACUGUCGUGAUUACCGGUGGCUCCCAAGGCAUGGGCCGAGGCCUUGGCAAAUUGCUUGCUCAGAAAGGCGCCAAUGUGGUCAUCGUUGCACGUAAUGCGAAAAAGUUGGAAGAGGCUCUCGAGUACAUUUCGGCCGCCAAAGUCAAACCUUCCCAGCGUUUCCACUAUAUCAGCGCCGAUGUAACGAAGCCCGAAGAAAACGACCGUCUUCUCGCGGAAGUGACGGCGUGGAAUAACGGCCAGCCCCCGGAUAUUGUGUGGGCAAAUGCGGGCAUGUCGAUACCAAGGCUGAUUCUGGAUGCACCAGUGGAAGAGCUGCGUCAGCAGAUGGACAUCAACUACUUCGCCACUGUGUAUUUGGCUCAAUCGGUCCUGAGAGCGUGGACAAAGCGUACUGCUCCUGCCGAAGCUUCGACUAAACAGGCCCCGCUUCCUCGUCACUUCAUCAUGACUUCGUCGAGUGCCGCAUUCGUCGGGGUUGCAGGUUAUGGCACCUACAGUCCUGCUAAAGCUGCUCUCCGCAAUUUCGCCGACUCCUUACGCCAGGAAGUGCAACUCUACAACGGCGGCCGCUUCCACAGCUCUGGCUCUCCUGAUCCGGAGAUAAAGGUUCAUUGCGUCUGUCCGGGAACCAUCACCAGCCCCGGUCACGAAUUUGAGCAAACCGUAAAGCACCCGGUUACCAUGGUUCUUGAAGAAGGCGACCCUGCGCAAACCGAGGACGAGGUGGCAUCUGCUGCCGUCAAGGAGCUUGAGAAGGGUUAUUAUCUUAUCGCUACAAAUUAUCUGGCCAAGGUAAUGAGGGCGGGCACUUUGACUGGAAGCCCAAGAAACAAUUGGUUCGUAGACACAGUGCUCAGCUGGGUGACGAACCUUGCGUGGCUGUUCGUCCAGCCCGACUUAGAGAACAAGACGUCAAAUGGGCCCCCAGAGGCUCAGUCUGCGCUGCUCGAUCGUUUGGUCGAUGCAACGGAUGCCGACAUCGACGCGCUUGACGAAAUUAUCAUGGCUGUAGACAUCAGGGAGCGUAAAUCGGUGGGAUGCUCUUACUACGUCGCCCGAGAAGAGAAACUUUACCUCAUGGAGGACAUGAAGCUUGGGGACGUGGAGGUCAUCGACACCCUUAAACUCCACAUUGAUCCGACCGUUGUGCUCGUCGCCACAAGAGCCGAUGAUUCGGUCUUGGACAAGCUGGAUCCAGAACGAAGGAGCCUUAGCUCUACCGAUGAUUCUCAUGACCAAUUCGCGCUCCCAUACAUUCUCGAAGUCCGUCCGACACCAGAAUUCAACUAUGAUUCGGGCAAGAGCAAGCUUGCGAACCUGAAGAUUGGGACCGACGGUGGGCCGAAUGUCACAUUUACCAUUCCUGGCGAUGUUCAGACCAGUGGAGCGUAUGGCGAUGAUGAAGACACUGGACGCCUGGAGCACUUGCUGAGGCUACACGGGUGGAUCAACUUGGACAGCAAGAUAUCUGUGGGCUGCGCAGGUGCCGUUCUGGCUUACGUACAUCGGCGCAGAUCUGUUUCCUUUCUCCCUGGUGAUCGAGCUGCUGCUGAUUUGUUUCGCAUCGCGACUAUCGAAAUGUUUACUCUCAGAAGCACUAUGUUCGUGAACAUGGAUACUUUACUGUCGCUCCAAAUCCUGCAGUCAGAAUCACACCCUCAUUUACAUAACCAAGGGCCCACGAAAGCCAACUCGGGGUCAAAGGAAGGCCUUUCGGUGUACGGCUUGUUUCACUAUCUUGCCAAGACCCCUCAAGGCAGAGUACUCCUACGCCAGUAUUUUCUCAGACCAAGCCUCGACCUUGGCGUCAUCAACAAGCGUCUAGACGCCAUCUCUAUCUUUCUUCGACCGGAUAACUCUGCGCCCGUAAAUCAGAUCGUGCAGAGUCUGAAGAGAAUCAAAAACAUGCGAGUCGCAAUGGUCAAUCUUCGAAAGGGCGUGAAUGCUGGUCCAGGGAAAAAGCAAGGCAUCACUAGCGGUCUUUGGGCAAGAACUCGGCUCUUCGCUUACCAUAUGCUGAAGAUCAAGGAUGCAUUUCAAGAGAUGAAUGCAGUCGAUCAUCUUCACAUCAGGAACUUCAUCCUGGAAACAGUGGAAUUCCGGGGCCUGGCACAGGUCGGACGAAAGAUUACGGAUAUAAUUGACUUUGAGCAGUCGGAGUAUCAGCAUCGCACAGUUGUCCAUAUGGGAAUCGACGAAGAACUUGACAACAUGAAGCGGACGUACGAUGGGAUCGAGCUCGUACUUUCACAAGUUGCCAAUCAUAUAGCCGAAAAGGUUCCUGCUGUGCUGGGAACCAGCAUCAAUGUCAUCUUCUUUCCCCAGAUCGGAUUCCUCAUCACUGUCCCAGUGGACCCCGACACUGGCCAUGGAAUGUACGAAGGCUCCCAGCAGGACGUUUGGGAGCGCAUGUUCACGAGCGAAGAGCACGUCUACUACAAGAAUGACAACAUGCGGGAAAUGGAUGACCAUUUCGGAGAUAUGCAUGGUUUGAUCUGCGACAAGGAGAUCGAAAUUACCCAUAACCUGGCACAGUACGUUCUAGAAUUCGAAGACGUCUUCAUCAAAGCUUCUGACAUCUGCGCGGAACUGGACGCACUCAUGGCGCUUGCCCAAGGUGCGAGGAUGCACAAAUUAAUGAAACCAAAAGUUGUCGAGGAUAAUGUCAUCCAGAUCAAAGCUGGACGCCAUAUUCUACAAGAGCUAACGGUUCCUUCUUUUGUCGCGAAUGACACUCUGAUUGUUGGUCCUUCUGAACCUGACCUUGAGGUCGGCCACGGCUCCUCAGGUGUUCCAACAUCUGAGCGCUCCAACGCUCCAACAAGCUCAGCCGCAAUGGACGGCCCGAACAUGCUCAUUCUCACCGGCCCAAACUUUUCUGGCAAAAGCAUCUACAUGAAACAGGUGGCUAUUAUCGUCUACAUGGCUCAUGUCGGCAGUUUCGUGCCAGCAGAAAGCGCCCGAAUCGGCUUGACGGACAAGAUACUCACGCGCAUUGCGACCCGCGAAUCGGUCUCCAGGAUCCAGAGUGCAUUCAUGAUCGAUCUUCAACAGGUUUCAUUAGCGCUGAACCUUGCUACACCCCGCAGCCUACUCGUGUUCGAUGAAUUUGGCAAGGGCACAAGCGCGAAUGAUGGGGCAGGCCUUGUUUGCGGCGUGUUCGAAUACCUUCUCAACCUAGGAAAUAAGUGCCCGAAAGUACUCGGGGCCACUCAUUUCCAUGAGAUUUUCGAGGAAGGAUAUCUCAUCAACCAGCCAGCUCUGCAAUUCGGCCACAUGGAGGUCCGUGUUGACCAGGACAGGGAAAGCAUUGACGAGCAGAUCACUUAUCUCUACAAUUUCCGACUCGGCCGUAGUGUAUCGAGCUUUGGAAGCAUCUGUGCAGCAAUGAACGGCAUCAGCAAAGAGGUUGUGGCACGCGCUGAGCAACUGAUUCUCAUGUCUGUAAGGGGAGAGGAUCUUGUCUCGGCAUGCGCGGUGAUGCCGGCUCACGAAAGAGCGGAACUAGAGGAGGCCGAGUGCAUUGCGAGAGCAUUUUUGGCUGCUGAUAUUGGGACUGACGCAGACGGUGAUCCACGGAAACUGCUGGAUGAGGUGCUUGCGGCGACAGUUUCCACUACGUACGAUACGACGACGGCAGACAUGGAUACGAUGAGCACUUCGGAAACGACGUCGUAA